AGCGUUUCCAUCCCCGGUGUCACAAGGUCGGAAAGGGUUUCCCUGUCUCCGCUUGUCCCUCUCGAAGCCGUCGCCGCCCAUUGCUCAGUUUGCGCACGACAGCCUCAUCUUCCUCGCGCACACCACCGGAGCCCCCUCCUCUUCCUCGCGCACGGCGGCUUCCUCUCCCUCUCUAAGCCGCCGCCGCCCACCGUCUCAGUUCGCGGACGAUUCAUCUUCCUCGCGUAGACCACCGGAACCCCCUCCUCUUCCUCGCGCAGAGCACCGGAUCCCCCUCUUCCUCGCGCAGAGCACGACACAUAGGAGAUCUGCAAAGCCUCAUCAAGAUGGCAGGAGAUCUACAAAGUUCAAAUCAGUAACCAUCUGCUGUGUAACAGGUGCAAGCAUAAGUUUUUUCAGAAGAUCAAAGGUUGCUCUUCUAUGGAGACUUCCAAAGAACAGGCUUCCAAGGACUAUGCUGAUUUCGAGAAAAAAGUUAAGAGGACGAUAUAUAUUGACCACCUUUCUCCUCAAGUAAAGGAAUCGGCCAUCAAAGCUGCUCUUGCACAAUGUGCAAAUGUUGUCCAUGUGGAGUUUAUCGUCAAUUACACGAUCCCAUAUAAAGAUAUUGCUUCUGCUGCAUUGGUGGAAUUGGAUGAUGAUGUGCAGGCUAAGGCUGCUGUAGAAUUGAUGAAUGAUUUCCCGUUCAUAAUUGGGGGAAUGCCAAGGCCUGUAAAAGCUAUCCAUGCCAAGGCUGAGAUGUUUCGUGAUCGCCCUCCUUGCCCUGGCCUUCGAAAAGGUUUCUGCUGGGUAAAACAAGGAGAUAAGGACUAUGAAGCGAUGCAGAAAUUGAAAAACCUUGCAAAGAGGCAGGAAUCUGAGAACAUGGCCCUCAUACAGAAAAUCUUGAAAGAUGAGAAGGAACUGGCGACUCGGCAGCAGGAGGUGCUUGAUGGAAACUGCAAGAAGUACGACAUGCUGGAAACUCUAGUGCAGAAGGGAGACAUCACUAACCUUGCUCAACAAUACGGAGUGAACUUGAACGACUGAUGAGUCAUUCGUGUCUUUUCCCCCCUUCCCCUUGGAGCGAUGGCGGAACUGGUGUGAUGAUGAUGGAAUAGGAUAGCAUGCCAUAGUUUUGGUCCGGUAGCUGGACCCUCCCUCUGGUGUAAAGAC